AUGGACCAAUCUCCGAAAGCACUUCUUAAGGAUAAGAAGGAGAAAGAGCCUGUGGAGAAAGAACCCACGUACAGGAAGAGGGACAUCAAUCCCACAUCCGUGUCCCGGGGCUUCAGGACCAGAGAGGUCCGAAUUACCAAGAUCCCAAACCACUUCCAGGCGAAGAAGACAGAGAAUAUCCUGAUCUUGGUGGCCUUCUCCAUUGGACUUGGCAGCGUGUGGCGUUUCCCAUACCUGUGCCACCAGAAUGGAGGAGGUAGCUUUCUGCUGAUGUACCUCAUCCUGCUGCUGCUGGUGGGGAUCCCCCUCUUGUACAUGGAGAUGAUCAUUGGACAGUGGCUACGGAAGGACAACAUCCAGGCCUGGAAGCAGCUGGCCCCCUGGCUAAGUGGUUUGGGCUACUCCAGCACACUGGCUUGUGUGCUGGUGAGCCUGUACAACAGCGCUCUGAUCUCCUGGAACGUCAUGUACCUGGGCCAGUCCUUUGAUUACCCUCCACCCUGGGAACAAUGCAAAAUGCAUUCCCUAUCUGAAUCUCUGCCCCUUCUCCCCCCAGAGAUCCAGUGCCUUCGGACAGUGCCCUACCAGUAUUUCUGGUAUCACACAACCCUUGAUGCCUCCAGCCAGGUGGAAGAAGGGAUUGAGAUGCUGGUCCUGAACAUCACCCUGUGCCUCUUUGCCACCUGGGUCAUGCUCUAUAUCAUCCUGAUUAUUAGGAUAAGGAUCUCAGUGCUUAUGCUGAUUUUCUCCGUAUUCUUCCCCUACGUCCUCCUCUUCUGCUUCCUCAUCCGCAGUCUCUUCCUGCCAGGAGCGAUGGCUAGCCUCAGGCGCCUGGUGACCAUAGAGCUCUCUAUCUUGUCAUCGCUGGACACAUGGCGCCAGGCUGGAGGCCAUGUGCUCUACUCCCUCGGCCUUGGCAUGGGCACCAUCAUCACUUUCUCUUCCUACCAGACUAGAGGUGACAACUACAUCAAGUUGGCCUCCUUUAUGGCCAUGGCCAACCUGGUGACGUCGUUGCUGAGCACGGCCAUCAUCUUUCUGGUGCUGGGCUUCUGGACCACAACCAGCGGGCCCAGCUGUGUUGAGAAGAGUGUCAACAAUCUGGUCGAUCAGAUAAUCAAAGGUGUGCUGUCCCAGGCUGCCUGGCCUCCCCAAGGCAUCAUUCAUAAACCUCCAGUAGAAUACAUGGACUGGAUCAGUCAGCUCCCCAGUAAACUCCAGGCGGAUGUGGUCCGUUUCUCCCCACCCUGCAGCAUCCUGGUACAGAAGGAAAAGUUCAUGGAGGGCCCUGGCCUGGCAUACGUGGCCUUCUCUCAAGUCAUCUCGCUGUUUCCUGGUUCCUCUUUCUGGGCCAUCAUCUUUUUCAUUGCCCUUGUCAUCAUGGGUCUGGCCACACUGACAAUGCUCCUGGAGAGUAUUGUGCUUCCUCUGCAGAAAAACAUCCCAACCUUCGAGAAGUAUCCCAAGCUGAUACCAGUGACUGUCUGCUUGGGAGGACUUCUGGGCAGCCUUGUCCUCUCCAGUCGCUCCGGCAGCUACGUGGUGUUCCUGUUUGAUGACCACCUGGUCCCUAUGGUCCUCGUCGUUAUUGCGGUGCUCCAGAACCUUUCUCUGGCUUUUGUCUAUGGAAUCAGGAGGUUCAGGGCUGAGAUGUUCUACCAGCUGGGCCGCCUGGUAUGGGCACCAUUCACCUUCUUGUGGACUUACGUGACGCUGCCCGCUCUGCUGGUGCUGCUGGCCAUCUACUUCCUGAAUCUCUACCACGGGAAAUCCCUCUAUUACAUCUCCUGGAAUGACAGUAUGAGCCAGGAAGUGAAGCAGCCUUACCAGAAGAAAGUCCUGGGCUGGGUCACCUUCCUCAGCAUCCUGGCUCUGCUGCCCAUCCCUGUGUAUCCGCUGCAGCACUGGUGGAACCAGGACGACCAGGUCAUCUGUGAGGUCUUUAAAAAGCCUUCAUCCUCCAAAAGGAAAGAAAUGCGAUCCAACAAGGUCAGCCAGCGGCCUGCAUAUGCACUAAGAAGAUUCACACUCAGAGGCCAGGACAAAGGUGGCCAGGUUCCACUCCCAAGAAAGAACCCCACAGAUGACGUCCCGCUUCAACCCCUAAAGCUGUUGACAAAAAGUGACAGUGAAAUUUUCUCCAGUUUCAGCCUUCGAGGUGACUCCAUUGUCCCCAACAAUCCUGAGGCACCAAAGCCCACUGUCCUCCCAGCAGGUGACCUUGGCUACCACAGCACUGGACAGAAAGAACAGGCAUAA